AUGAAGUACCUCUUCGCUCUCAGCCUCUUCACCGGCCUUUCGGCCGCUCAAAGCGGUGCCUGGGCACAAUGCGGUGGAAACAACUGGACUGGCUCAAAGACUUGCGUCUCUGGCUACAAGUGCACCGUCGUCAAUGAGUGGUACAGCCAGUGUAUCCCCGGCACUGCUGAGGAGCCUACUACUACCCUCAAGACCACUACUGGUGGCGGUAGCACGCCUACUGGUACACCUGGAAACGGAAAGUUUCUCUGGGUUGGUACUAAUGAGGCUGGUGCUGAGUUUGGUGAGACCAAUUUGCCUGGAACUUGGGGAAAGCACUUCACCUUCCCUGAUCCCGCUGCCGUUGAUACCCUCAUCUCGCAGGGUUACAACACCUUCCGCGUUCAACUCCGUAUGGAACGCACAAACCCCAGCUCCAUGACCGGAGCCUUUGACACCGCUUACCUGAAGAACCUCACCUCAAUCGUGGAGCACAUCACCGGCAAGGGGGCCAACGUGAUUCUCGACCCUCACAACUACGGCCGCUACUUUAACAAUAUCAUCACUUCGACCUCUGACUUCCAGACCUGGUGGAAGAACUUUGCUACCCAGUUCAAGAGCAACAGCAAGAUCAUCUUUGACACGAACAAUGAAUACAACACCAUGGAUCAGACUCUUGUUCUCAACUUGAACCAGGCUGCCAUCAAUGGUAUUCGUGAUGCUGGCGCUACUCAGACUAUUUUUGUUGAGGGAAAUCAAUGGUCUGGUGCUUGGUCCUGGCCCGACGUCAACGACAACAUGAAGGCUCUCACCGACCCUCUUGACAAGAUCGUCUACGAGAUGCAUCAGUACCUCGACUCCGACAGCUCCGGCACUUCACCCAACUGUGUCUCCACUACCAUUGGAGUCGAGCGUCUUAAGGCUGCUACCGAAUGGUUGAGGAAGAACAAGAAGAUCGGCAUGAUCGGUGAAUUCGCCGGCGGUCCUAACGACACCUGCAAGACUGCUGUCAAGAACAUGCUAGACUAUCUCAAGGAGAACUCUGAUGUUUGGAAGGGUGUUACCUGGUGGGCUGCUGGUCCUUGGUGGGGUGACUACAUGUACAGCUUUGAGCCUCCCAGCGGUACUUCUUAUACGUACUACAACUCUCUUCUCAAGACUUAUAUCUGA